AAGAAAAUGAUGCAGAUUGGAAGCAGACAGCAGCCUGCAUCAACAAAGCAAUGAUAAUCAUAGCUAUUCCCAUCUGUAUUUUGGGAUUAUUUGGGAAUGCAAUGGUCAUUUCAUUUAUUUCCUGGCAGAUCACGAAGACGAGGUUCACUCUGUACAUCAUGAAUACGACUGCUGCUGAUUUUAUUGUUCUGCUCUAUCAGUAUAUUUAUUUCAUGUUAUUUUUAGUACCAAACCCUGUCAGUUCAUCCAUUUCACGUUUUUUAGAGCUGAUGUAUUUGCUUGGAUGCAAAAGCAGUUUCUAUAUUUUAACAGCUAUGUGUGUCGAAAGAUAUUCAUUAGUCUAUUUCCCCAUCUGGUAUCAACAUCACCGACUAAAGAAUCUGUCAAUUUUUUGUGUCAUGUUGUGGGUCAUCUCUGGCCUGGUAGCACUUGUGGAAUAUGAUGCGUGCCAACCACGAUUCUAUGCAAACCUGAAUGAAGAUUCUUUGUCCUGUAAAAUUUCAGUUACAACUCAACUGAUCAUUGAGUACCUGAUUUUUCUCCCUGUCAUGAUCUUUUGCACCUUGGCCAUUGUUUCCAGAGCACAACAAGCACAACAAACACCCCCUGCAGCACUUGACUUCACCAUCGGAGUUACAGUUUUACUGUUUGUGACUUUUUACUCAUCCAUUAGGUUUCUCCAUUUCCUGGAAUACUGGUUUGAUACAAUAUACAUACCCAUCUUUACAAUUUCUGUGUUAUUUGAUUCCAUAAGUAGCAGUAUCAACCCUUAUAUAUAUUUUCUCAUUGGGGGUUAUAUCAGAAAAUGCGGUGACCCCCUUGAGAUUUUGCUUGGCAGCGCUUUAUGCUAUGAAGAAGAGAUGCUAGAAAGGACACAAGCAGACCAAUAG